AUGAGGGUGCCGCUCCUCAUUCCGUUAUCACUUCUUUUUCCUCUUCUCAGUCUUUUUUCUCCUGGUUCUCCAAAGCCAAUCCCUUCGCAAGAUGACUUUGGGGAAUACAUUAUGACUCGUUUGAAAAGCUGUCUCGAUGAUAGCGAUGUUGAAGCAGUGAAGGAGCAAUUAUAUUUGCAAAUCGAUGCAAUCUUGGAUAAUUUGGUGGAGUGUAUUUCUUCCGGGUUAUCUCUGGAUGAAUGCCCAACAUUUGAGAUCCAACCAAAAGAACAUGAUUAUCACGGUGGAGAAGAUAUGAACUCCGCAAUGACAAUGCAAUCAAGAUACCCUGAUUCAGAUUCAUACGGAGGAUAUGAUAACACAGAUUAUGAUAACGACUUUAACUAUUCUGAGAGAGGAACGUAUCCAGGCAGGGGUGAUGAUGACGAAAGCGAAGAUUUCUACAAUGGUAGCGGGGAGUCCGAAAAUGACGUUGACCAUGACUCUGAAUGUGAUGAUUCAAAUUGCCCCGAUUCUAGAGAAAGUGGUGAUAGGUACCCUAACAACUAUGACAAUUUUGAGUCUGGAGAAUCUGCAGAGGAAGAUAGCGGUUGCCUCGAUAAUAUGGGAGAUAAUAGAGAUUGCAAAGAGGAUAAAACUAGUGCUAGAAUUGAGUCGCAUCCAAGGCCUGAAGAUUCUCAAGGUGUUGGUGAAUCUGGAUUCAAUCCAGAAAGGGGUGGUGGUGGAAGCCGUCCCGUCGAAGUCGCACAUCUAAGGGGAAUCGAUUGUCUCUGUGCCAACCACAAGUGCUCCUGCAAAGACUCUGAUGAACCUAUCCAUUGA